AUGGUGCCGAACCCGCUGUAUGCGGCCUGGAUCGCCAAAGAUCAACAAGUGCUCUCAUAUUUACUGAACUCCAUGACUCCAGAGAUACUUGCGCAGGUCAUCGGGAAGGAUUCCACCUUCGAGUUGUGGACAGCGGUGACAGCCAUCUUCGCGUCCCAAUCGCAGUCUCGGAUUACAAAUCUGAGAAUUGCGGUCACCAACACCAAAAAGGGCACCAUGUCAAGCUCUACCUUUAUGGCUAAGAUGAAGAGUCUUGGCGAUGAGCUAGCAGCCGCUGGCCGUCCGGUCUCUGACCCGGAGAUGGUGGACUACAUCCUCGCAGGGCUGGACCGUGACUACGAUCCCGUGGUCGCGGCGAUCGGCGCCAUCAAGAACACGAUCACCGCCGACGACCUCUUUGCCCAAAUCUCUGCUUUCGACCAUAGAAUGGAGAUGUUAGGCGACGCGUCUUCUGGUGGCUUCCACACGUCUGCAAACGCAGCCUACAAGGGCCGCGGCCAAGGUCGCGGGAAACCCUACCGCGGGCGUGGCACAAGGGGGCACGACCGUGGAGAUCGGCAACCCUCUCUUGCUCGCGGUGGCAACGGCUACAGAGGACGCCAGCGACAAAACCAACUGCAACAGGUGCGUGAUCAGCAGCAGCGCGACAACCCUGAGUGCCAGAUAUGCCUCAAAUAUCUUCCAGGGGGGCGCGGCUCUGCUGGUGGCGCUAUGAAGAUGGAGAACCAGAAGAGAAGGCGGCGCAUGCAGCCACCUACGGCGUAG